CUUCACUCUGAUGUUGAUAAAGGAGAUGGUUCCAUCAAAUACAUCUUGUCAGGCGAAGGGGCAAGUUCCAUUUUCAUUAUUGAUGAGAACACAGGGGAUAUUCAUGCUACAAAGAGGCUGGAUCGAGAAGAGCAGGCCUACUACACGCUCCGAGCACAAGCACUAGAUAGGCUGACUAAUAAACCUGUGGAACCAGAAUCUGAGUUCGUCAUUAAGAUUCAGGACAUCAAUGACAAUGAGCCAAAGUUUCUGGACGGUCCUUACACUGCUGGAGUUCCUGAGAUGUCUCCUGUGGGUACCUCUGUGGUUCAAGUGACAGCCACUGAUGCAGAUGAUCCUACUUACGGCAACAGUGCUCGAGUGGUUUACAGCAUCUUGCAAGGGCAACCUUACUUUUCUGUGGAGCCAAAAACGGGUGUUAUCAAGACUGCCCUUCCGAAUAUGGAUAGAGAAGCCAAGGACCAAUACCUGCUAGUUAUUCAAGCAAAGGACAUGGUUGGGCAGAAUGGUGGAUUAUCAGGGACUACAUCUGUAACUGUCACCCUGACUGAUGUUAAUGACAACCCACCUCGCUUUCCACGACGAUCGUAUCAGUAUAACGUCCCAGAGUCUUUGCCAGUGGCUUCUGUGGUGGCAAGAAUAAAAGCUGCAGAUGCAGAUGUGGGACCUAAUGCUGAAAUGGAGUAUAAGAUUGUGGACGGUGAUGGUUUGGGAGUAUUCAAAAUUUCUGUUGACAAAGACACCCAGGAGGGAAUCAUAACAAUUCAGAAGGAGCUGGAUUUUGAAGCUAAGACAAGCUAUACCCUGAGGAUAGAAGCAGCCAAUAUGCAUGUUGACCCUCGCUUCUUGAGUCUGGGACCCUUCAGUGACAUGACAACAGUGAAGAUAAUCGUGGAGGAUGUUGAUGAACCGCCUGUGUUUACUUCACGUUUGUACUCCAUGGUGGUGUCUGAAGCAGCAAAGGUCGGCACCAUCAUUGGAACUGUAGCAGCCCAUGAUCCAGAUGCCUCAAACAGUCCUGUCAGGUAA